AUGUUUGAAAGAAAUGGUACUGAUCAUAUGAAUUUAUCUGAUAUAGAUACCGAAUUAUAUAUUCUUGGUAUUAAAUAUAAAACUCCGCACGAUAUUUAUGCAAUAACUGAUGAUAUUAUAAGUAGAUUUUGGUUUACAUAUCGAAGUGGAUUUGCUCCAAUUGGUGGUCCAUCCGGUCCGACGAAAGAUACAGGAUGGGGUUGUAUGAUGCGUUGUGGUCAAAUGAUGUUAGCUGAAGCUUAUCUUCGAUUUUUUCUACCAGCUGGAAGAUAUUUUCGAUGGCGUCCAAAUAUAAGUGAUCCAAUGUAUUGGGAAAUUUUAAAUAUGUUUAUUGAUAAACGUCAUUCAUCGUAUUCUAUACAGCAAAUCGUUCAAAUGGGAAAUUCUGAAGGAAAAAAUAUUGGACAAUGGUUUGGUCCAAAUACGAUAGCUCAAGUACUUCGACGAAUUGCUUCCAAUGAAUUUGAUAAGCAAGUUCAUGUACAUGUUGCAAUGGAUAAUACACUUGCACUUGAUGAAAUACGUAAAUUAUGUCAAAAAAAUUCCCAAAUUCCUAAUCUAAUAAAAAAAUCAAAUGAUUCACAAACUACUUGGAAACCAUUAGUAAUUAUUAUUCCGUUAAGAUUAGGUUUAAAUGAUGUUAAUAUAGAAUAUAUUGAUCAAUUAAAGUUAUGCUUUCGUUUACCACAAACACUUGGAUUUAUUGGUGGAAAACCUAAUCAUGCACAUUAUUUUAUUGGUUAUUUACAAAAUGAUGAACUUUUAUAUUUAGAUCCACAUGUAACACAGAUCCAUGUUGAUACAACUGUUAUUUCAGAUGAUUCAUCAUAUCAUUGUGAUAGAAUUAACAGAAUGAAAUUUUCUGGACUUGAUCCAUCUCUUGCUUUAGCAUUUGGAUGUAAAACUGAAAGUGAAUUUGAUGAUUUAAUUAUGAAAUUAAGACAAAAUCUUCCUUCAAGACCAAUGUUUGAAAUAUGUGAAACGAAUCCAUUUGAUGCUCUUGCUGAAAAAAUGGACCAACAUGAAGCGCUUUCUUUAGAUUCGGAUGAUGAUUUUGAACUUGUUUAA